UUUCCGUGAGAAGCCCUAGUAUUUCAUUAUAUUCAUCAAGACGUGAGAGUCUUGAACUAAACGUUUGUGUAUCGAAGUACCGUGAGUGGAAUAAUGCAAACCGCUAGAGUGGCGCUAGGCGUCGCCUUGCGGGUCUGUCCCAGAACUGCAGUGUCCACAUACACUAGACCAGCCGCAGCUAUGGUUCUUGUGCACACUUCACCACCGCACCCUAGCGGUUCCCAGCAGAACUGCCUCCGUCCGGACAUGCCGUACAAGACCGGCCAUGCGGACUGGAGCGGUCUGGACCUGGGGCUCUUCAUCGGGGCGGGCGUCCUUGUCACUGCCGGGCUGUAUGAGCAUAAAAGGGCCCAGGCCACGCACACACCGUCCGAAGUACCACCUGUCCAAGGUGUUCAGCAAGUCCCGUCAGUCAACAGUCAGUACACGGGCCUGAACCUGGUACCGCUGGCGCCGCACGCCCCGGCCGGGGUGCUGUGCAGGAGCUCCGCCUUUCCUCUCGGCAAGAACGACAGGGCCGACACGAAAGUAGCCUGGAGCGAGGCUAGUGGAGGUGACAAGAAAGACCAGCAAGUCUUCGCCCAGUUUGGCAGGCCUGCUGAAACAAACGAGGAGACAACCUCCACCGAGGAGAUCAACAAGUGCCCACGGGAUGUCUCGGACGAGACGCCGACGGCUGUCGGUCCCGUGAAGAUGCGCGACAAGGCGCUGUCCACUGCGGAAGACGUCCGUACAGCUUCCACUGAGAGCAAGAAGACGUCUGAAGACGCAGUAGAUGGAGAGGACCACAAGGAGUUGUUCAACGAUGCUGUGAACAAGAGAGGUGAGCAACCGAAUUCUUUCGUCUCUGCACACCACAGUCCCUGCCCCACACAAAGACAAGGGCCGACCACAACGAAGCAGACGUGUCGUCUGAAAAUGACGUCACCGUGUGUGAUGAUGACCAGGGGCCGGUCAGAGAGCUGA